AUGAGCGAUGUAAGCGAAGAGGUGUUUUUUUCCGAUGAUGAGGCAAAGUUUGCAGACAACGAGAUACACGUAAGAAAGCAAAACAGGAAAGGGAGAAAGUGGCUUACGACAGUGGAAAAUAUCCCAGAGAAUUUCGACAUAAACAAACUCCUGAACGACCUUAAGAAGGAGCUCAGCUGCAACGGAACUAUCGUCAUGGACGAAAAGAAGGGCAAGAAGAUCAUACAAAUGCAGGGAGAUCAGGGCGCAAAGAUACAGGCAAAACUGCAGGAGGUAUUUCCCUCGCUUAAAGUCGUGUUCUUUGGGAACUAG